CAAAUUCCAGCAAAAACAUUAAAAAUAAAUAAACAAAUAAUCCACGUAAAUGAGGGCUUUAAGCCGUGGCAAUGGAAGAACUCAACGAUAAAUUCUACUACGUGUACAGUUCCUCGAUUUCCAACCGCAUUCAGAUCAAAAUUGGGACUUUGGAAGGCAAACGCCAAAAGCCCGAAUACGACACGCUUCUGUCCGACCCUAUUUUAAAAUACUCGGGUUUGUGUGAGGAUGGUUGUUCAGACUUGAUGGUGGUGUGCCAAAUAUACGAUCAAAACCAACCGCUCGCUCUUCCUGUGUCAACUUCCUAUAAAGCGUUCACAUCGCGCUGGAGCUGGAACGAAUGGCUCACUUUGCCAGUUCAGUUUAACGACCUUCCGAGAACUGCUCAAUUAGCCCUAACGAUCUACGAUUGUGUGGGGCCCAACAAGCUAUGGCCAGUUGGGGGCACCACGAUUUCGCUGUUCAGCAAACAUGGACUUUUCAGACAGGGCAUGGUGGAUUUGAGGGUUUUCCCCAAUAGGGAGGCCGAUGGGAAUUACCCAACUCAAACGCCGGGGAAAGCCAAAGACCAAGGGAAGGAACAAAUGCAAAGACUGACGAAAUUAACCAAAAAACACAGAAAUGGACACAUGACUAAAGUGGAUUGGCUAGAUAGGUUGACUUUUAGGGAGUUAGGUUUGAUAAAUAACGAGGAGAAGAGUUGUUCAGAAUACAUGUACUUAAUGAUCGAGUUUCCAACUGUUUACAUUGAUUUAAUUCCGCAUUAUGUCGUGUAUUUUGAGCAAAAUGGUGAAGAUAUACAUUCGUUUAGGGCCCAGAGUGACAUUGUUACGGUCCCCGACCAAGAAAUCCUAAAGGAAAACCUCGUCGAACGCAAACACCACAAAUUGGCGCGUUCUUUACGCAGCGGCCACUGCGAUAAAGACGCCAAACCCAAUGCUGCAAUCCGCGAUAUCCUCAACACCAUAGUCUCCUACCCUUCCAUCAAACCGCUAACGAACGAAGAGCAAGACCAUGUAUGGAAGUUCCGUUUUUACCUCAGCACCCAGAAAAAAGCCCUAACUAAGUUUCUAAAAUGUGUGAAUUGGACGCAACAGAACGAAGUGCGACAGGCGCUGUCUAUGAUGCGGAUCUGGGCCCCCAUGGACGUGGAAGACGCCCUCGAGCUGCUGUCGCCGAAUUUUACGCACCCAGCUGUGCGCAAAUACGCCAUUUCCAGGCUGCAGCAAGCGCCCGACGAGGAGAUUCUGCUGUAUUUGCUCCAGUUGGUGCAAGCGCUGAAGUAUGAGGAUUUUAAGGAUAUACAAGAGGGGUAUUCGAGGAUUUCUCCAGGACGGGAGGCGAUAAUGGUGCAUGAGGAGAAGGAGGCGCAGUUGGAGAAGAAAGACAGUAAGGAGAGCAACAGCACGAUAACAAAUGAGUCGGUUAUGCACCGAUCAUCGAGUUAUAACCAAGCCGAUCAGCUUGCCUCUUCUAACGUCAACAGUGUGAUAGAAGUGGACGCUGAUCAACGCGCUGCUAGUUUACCCGAAAAUAUUUUACACAACCUCAACGUCUACACCGACUCGGCCAACACUGACACGCUACAAGACCACAUGAACGAAGAGGAAGAAGUCCAAGAUUUGGCCACGUUUUUGAUACAAAGGGCGUGCAAAAAUGCCAAAUUGGCCAAUUAUUUCUACUGGUAUUUGUUGAUCGAGUGUGAGGAUCCAGAACCGACCAUGAAACAAAACAUGGUCAUAAGAGAGCUGUACCUGACGGUGAUGAAAACGUUUUCGCAGACUUUGGCCAAAGGCAACGCCGAGAUGCAAAGGAAGCGGACAAAUCUGUCGCUGCAGCAAAAAUUCAUCGAUAAUUUGGUCAAGUUGGUAAAAACGGUGUUGCGUGAGGGCGGCAAUAGGAAGAAAAAGGCCGAGAAAUUGCAGCAGUUGUUGGCCGAUCCGACUGUGUUUAAGUUUAAUUUUGGUAAUUUCGAGCCGAUUCCGUUCCCGCUUGAUCCCGAUGUCACAAUAAAGGGGAUAAUUGCGGAAAAAGCGAGUUUGUUCAAGUCGGCUUUGAUGCCGUCCAAACUGCACUUUAUCACGAGUGAUAACAGCGAAUAUGUGGCCAUUUUCAAACAUGGGGAUGAUUUGAGGCAAGACCAGUUGAUUCUGCAAAUGAUAACUCUGAUGGAUAAGUUGUUACGGAAGGAAAACCUCGAUUUGAAGCUAACACCGUAUAAAGUACUCGCGACUAGUACCAAGCACGGUUUUGUGCAAUAUAUCGAUUCUGUGAGUGUGGCAGAGGCUGUGAAUGCGGAAGGGAGUAUUCAUAACUACUUUCGGAAGUACCACCCGCAGGAAAACGGGCCUUACGGCAUCGCCCCCGAAAUAAUGGACAGUUACGUGCGGUCCUGUGCCGGUUAUUGCGUCAUUACUUACCUACUGGGUGUGGGCGAUCGUCAUUUAGAUAAUUUAUUAGUGACCACUUGUGGUAAAUUAUUUCACAUCGAUUUCGGGUUUAUCCUAGGGCGGGACCCUAAACCCUUGCCUCCGCCAAUGAAAUUGAGUAAAGAAAUGGUGGAGGCGAUGGGGGGAGGCAAUUCUGAGCAUUACCAAGAGUUUAGGAAGCAAUGCUAUACUGCGUUUUUGCACUUGAGGAGGCAUGCCAACUUAAUGUUGAAUCUUUUUUCAUUGAUGAUUGACACGAGUGUGCCAGAUAUUGCUCUAGAGCCGGAUAAGGCGGUCAAAAAGGUGCAAGAGAAGUUUAGGUUGGAUUUAGGGGAGGAGGAGGCGGUGCAUUAUAUCCAGAACUUGAUUGAUGCGUCGGCUUCGGCCGUUAUGCCGGCUAUUGUAGAACAGUUUCAUAAAAUCACCCAGUAUAUAAGGAAGUAAAACGUGUAUAAAUAAGGUUAGUUGUUUAAUAAAAUUUGUAUAAGGAAAUUUUAUUAAUAACAUUGGUUUAUCAAAUUUCACUUUUUGUCUGUUGCCGCAGUUUUAAAAGUUGAUUCCAGAUACUUUCGGAGUGUAGUUUUCAAACCUCUGACGUCCAAAUUUUGCAAAUCUCGAGUUUUCAUUCUAGAAAAAUGUUGAGUUACCCAUACAGGAUGUUUCACAUAAUUUUACGAGGCUUACGCCUGUAAAAUGCCACCAACAAUACAUACGAACUCGAUUACAAAAUUUGACAGUCUUCUCUAGUUUGUUCACCCUUUUAAUUAAUUAAAGGUGCAUUUUUUGUAUCUAGUGUUUUGUGAUUUUUGUAUCUUUGAGUGCGAACAUUAAGCGCAAGCCUCGUAAAAUUAUGUGAAAGACCCUGUAUAUCAAAAACUAAAGUUGGUAAAAAAAAUCUGUUAAAUGUUUAAAAAUCAGCGUCCAAACUAGUGUAAUAAUUACCGGGGAAAUGUCUGAUUUUUUUAAGUAAGAAGCUGCAUAUUUAAUGUCACUCAGCAUAUUUUAUUUUAUCAAAGUACGUGAGUAUCUGCUUUUCAUCUAUUAUGUAUCUCUUUGAUGAAAAUUAAUUUUAAGUGGAUGACGGAAAUAGAUCACUCGUCAAAUGCCUGAUUAUCAAUUAUUAUUAGAUAAUAUUUAAAGUGACUUGCAACAAAACUUCCGAUUAGAUAGACGGGCGAUGACUCGAGACAAGUAAGUAAAAUAAAAUUGAAUUGAAUUAAUUUUAAAUCAUAUAACUAUAAACAGUAGUUUUCUUCAAAAAUUUACUUGUUCCGUGAGAAAUUAUUUUUCCAAUUUGGUAACUUUCAAUUCUUUUUUGGUUUUACGUGAAUUUAUAACAUAUCAGACAGUUUAUUAUAUUUAACAGCUAUUUUUUUUUCUAUUUCUAUUUCGCACAAAUGACAAAACCCUGAUUAUGAGUUAUUAGAUAACACUCAAAUAUCCAUGUAUUGCAAAUGAGUAACAUAUUCAGCUUAAUUAAAUAUUUUUUUCGUGCCAAAAAUAAAUAAACCAGUAGAUAAAAAUAUAGAAACUUUAUUAUGAAUACAAACAAUCGUAACAAUUUAUGGCAACACACAAUCAAAUUUGACCUUAAAAUGUAUGAUGAAAAAGCACUUUUCAAUGGAAAAACGUUACAUAAUAACCGAUACCAUUUUUAAAGGUUAUCAAUUACGAGUUUUUUCGUGCAACCGAUGUAAUAAUACUUUUAACUUCAGUGUAUUGAUUCAAGCCAUAAAUUCCCAUCUCACGCCCAUGUCCCGAAUCCUUGAACCCUCCAAACGGCGUUUGCGCCCCCAAAAUAUUGUACGUGUUGACCCAGACAGUCCCAGCCCUUAUCCCUUGAACCAGAUAAUUGACUUUAUCCAAAUCUUUCGAGAAAACAGCUGCCGCAAGCCCAUAAUUGGUAUUAUUCGCCCGUUCUAUAAUCUCAUCCAAGUCCUUGAACCGCAUCAAUUGUUGCACUGGCCCAAAAAUCUGAAAUUUUUGAAUUAAUUGGGCCCAAAAUCGCGGACACACGACUCACUUCUUCUUUGGCAAUCACGUGGUUAUCCUCAACAUUGGCGAAAACUGUCGGUUCAACGAAAUAUCCCUUAUCCCCAACUCUCUUACCCCCAACCAACAAUUUUGCCCCUUGGUUCACCCCUUCUUUAACCAAACCCAGGAUUUUCGUCAUUUGGGUUUCAUCAAUCUGGGGCCCUUGCUCCGUUUUGGGGUCAAAGGGGUUGCCAACGGUGCGCUUUUUCGCCCGUUCGACCGACCUUUCGACAAACUCGUCGUAGAUUUUGUCCUCGAUGAAGGUCCGUGAGCCCGCACAGCACACUUGUCCUUAAUAAUAAUGAUGUUUUAACAAGAAAAAACCCCAAAGUUUGUUUACCUUGAUUGAAGAACAGCCCGAAGUGGGCUUGUUCCACGGCCUUCUCGAUAUCAACAUCGGCCAGGAUAAUGUUGGGGCUUUUGCCCCCCAAUUCCAAGGUGGUCCGUUUCAAGUUACCAACGCCUGACAUUUGCUGGAUUUUCAGCCCCACUUCGGUCGAUCCCGUAAAUGCGAUUUUAUCGACUUUGGGGUUGGAGACAAGUGCGGCCCCCGCGUCGCCGAACCCGGGCACUAGAUUGAAGACGCCUGGGGGGAACCCGGCCUCUUUGAUCAACUGCGCCGUGUAGAGGGCUGUCAGGGGGGUUUGCUCGGCGGGCUUGAGCACCACCGUGUUCCCCAUGCUCAAGGCAGGGCCGAUCUUCCACGCCAUCAUCAGCAGGGGGAAGUUCCAGGGGAUGAUUUGCCCGCAGACUCCGACGGGCUCGUGGCGCGUGUAGCACAUGAAGGGGCCGUCCAGGGGUAUGACCCUGCCGUGGUUUUUGUCAGCCCAGCCGGCCAUGUACCUUAUCACUUUGAUACUGCCCAUGAUGUCGACAGGGUAGGCCACAUGGUACGGUUUACCGUUGUCUAAGGUUUCGAGACUCUGGAAUGUGGGGGUCAAUGGGGGCUGGGCCAGUCGGGGGGCUUACCGCCAAGUACGCGGCGUCGCGCUCCAUCAGGUCCGCCAGGCGGUUCAGGAGCAGCCCCCGGUCGGAGGCGUCCAUGGUGCGCCAGGGGGAGUUGAAGCGGAAGGCCUCAUUGGCGGCAUCAACAGCCAAGUCGAUGUCUUCCUUGGCCCCUUGCUGCACCUCGGUGAUGAUUUCACCGGUGGUGGGGUUCACGGUGGGGAAGGUUUUGCCCGAUUUCGAUUUGUGCCAUUCGUUAUUGAUAAAAAUCUUUAAGAAAUGUUCGAUAAAACUUAAGUAUUUCCGUUCUGUGUCGAGCACCACUUCAUGCGAUAACAAUGUUAUUGUUGUAAUUAUCGAUAAAUAAACAUACAGACGGUUUACAUUUUGUUGUUAGGGCCCCCAAAUAGCUAACAUUCGCGUGAUUUAUUGUUUUCUCCGAGAUUUGACCUUCACACUUUUGGGGGCCAGUUUUUGCAUGCAGUUAAAACCCGGUUAAGUUCGGCUCUACUCACCCCCGAGUACAUCACAUUGGGGCUCUCUUGAGGCGCCGGGACCGCCGCUGCCGAGAAAUUACAUUUCUGGACCCUGCCAAAGGCUGAUCUUGCUAAACGGAGCAUCUUGUUGAGAUCGUUCGACGCUUCGGCACCAAA